ACGACAGAGUCCCGGAUGUUGGCUGUCGAGACUGGACUCGAGAGAAAGGCGAACGAGAAAAGGCAGAGAAGCCGAAGAGGGACGACACUGGCACACUGGUGAGAGUUCAACGGGUCUUACCUAGGACAAACGCACCUAAGCAUAGGCACCUGAGGGACUUUCUUGUUGAAGAAGACGUGAAAGGGGAGGGGCAGAUAUUUCAACACUGCCCUGGACCAAGGCAACGACCUGACAUACCCAGGGGCCGCACUCAGAGACUGCUAGACAGCUGAGCUGGGUCAGCCCUGCCCUCAGCUGCCACUCACUUCACCUGGCCUGCUCUCCACCCGUCAACCCCCCCCUCUACCACCAGAUUCCCCCCAGCCCAGCCUGCCGUCGCUAUGACGUCGGAGCUGGAGAGUAGUCUGACCUCCAUGGAUUGGCUGCCUCAGCUGACCAUGCGGGCGGCAAUCCAGAAGGCAGAUGCCCAGGGGGGCCACGGGGGACAGGGCAUGGGCAAGAAGAGCGCCAUGCUGGACCCCAACACCACGCUGGACCAGGAGGAGGUCCAGCAGCACAAAGACGGCAAGCCGCCCUACAGCUACGCUAGCCUCAUCACCUUCGCCAUCAACAGCUCGCCUAAGAAGAAGAUGACCCUGAGCGAGAUCUACCAGUGGAUCUGUGACAACUUCCCCUACUACAGGGAGGCAGGCAGCGGCUGGAAGAACUCAAUACGGCACAAUCUGUCAUUGAACAAGUGUUUUCUCAAAGUGCCUCGCUCCAAAGAUGACCCAGGAAAGGGCUCCUACUGGGCCAUCGACACCAACCCAAAGGAAGACGCCUUGCCCACACGGCCGAAGAAGAGGCCGCGGUCCGGAGAGAGAGCUUCCACACCGUACAGCCUGGAGUCGGAGUCUUUGGGAAUGGACUGUAUGAUCUCUGGAAGUGCCUCUCCAACGCUGGCAAUCAACACUGUGACUAACAAGGUGGCAUUAUACAACCCAGAUCAGGAUGGGAGUGACAGCCCAAGAAGCAGCCUUAACAACAGCCUGUCUGACCAGAGUCUGGCCUCAGUCAAUCUAAACAGCGUGCACAGUUACACACCGGUGACUAACCAUCCAGAGCCAGUGUCUCAGUCCAUGAGCCUCCAGCAGCCCCUCCAGCAGCCCCCCCAGCCCCAGUACAGUAUGCCAGAAAGGGACAAGCAACUCCUAUUCUCCGACUUUGAAGAUCUCAGUGCCUCCUUCCGCAGCCUUUACAAGUCUGUCUUUGAGCAGUCCUUCAGCCAACAGGGUUUGAUGGGCAUGCCGACGGAGUCGUCCCAGCAGACCCAUACCGCCUGCUCCUAUCAGCACUCCCCCAGUGGCACCAUCAGCACCCAGAACAGCCUGACAAACAACCACUCCAGCAGCGGUGGCCAGGUGCCCCUGUCCCACCCUCCCCAGCUCCCGGGCCACGGCUCGCCCCACACACAGCACCUCUCCCAGCACGGCCAACACGCCCAACACACCCAGCACCAACACCCACACUCUCAGCAUGGGCAGCACCCCUCACACGCCCAGCACCCGCAGCAGCACACCCCGCACCCCUCCCAACAUGCCCAGCAGCACGGCCAGCAUCCCUCCCAGCAGCAGCAUCAGAGCCUGGCUCACCAGCCCCAUCCUGCCCAGCAACAGAUGGCCUGCAACACAGGUCUGCCCUCUGACUGGUACCCCAAUCUGGACGCACUGAAAGAGAGCUGCCGUAUUGCCAGCAGUUAUAACUGGGCUGAUGUCGACCUCUCACCUUUUCAAGGACUAAAGGAGAGCAUGAGACAAGCAGAGCUGAACAACUGGUCCCUGGAGCCCACCCAGAUCGCUGAUCUCUGCUCGUCUAUCAACCAGUUCUUCACCCGCACCGGUGUCAUUCAGCCACAGGGGGCAGUGCAGCCACCGCCAGUACCCGUAUGCCAUGGCUCCAUGCACCCCAACAAGCCCAGCCAGCACAUCACCACAGGAAAUCUCUACAUGGACUCCAGACAGAGCAUGUCUAUGAUGGGGCCCCCAGGGUACCCCCACAUGCCCCCCAUGAGCAGCGCAGGCCCCACCAUGACAGGACACCAUGCGCAGAUGAACCAGCAGCACAUGAUCCCUCCCAGAAACUUCCAGAUGCACCGCAUGCCAGCAGAUGACAUCCAGGAUGACUUUGAUUGGGACUCCAUUGUCUAAUGUUAGAUGUUCUGCCCCUAACGAGGAGCGUCCAGGAGGUGCAGAGGAGAUGAGUGUAUGAGGAAGAAGCCAGGCUGAGCUGUAUGCUCACAGUAAAAGGAGACGGACUGUUGUUGGUGGGAUACAGAACCAUAGAACAGGUGUCACUUUCGGAGGAGAGAGCGAGAGAGACUUCAGAGUCCUGACAUUUUUACAAACAAAAACAAAACAUGCAAAAAAAGUGUUACUUUGAAGACAAUCAUAUUUAGUAAAACAUGUUUAAGUGGUGGCUUAUGUGCUUGUCUUGAUGAGGCAAGUAGCACACGUUCAUGUCAAAACACAUGCUCCAGUCUUCAUCCCUCAGCCAGCCCUCUUCCGCCCCCCUCUCCUAGCCAGCAGCCUUCCAAAGUCCCCCCAGGUCCGUCCGUAACUGUUGUGUGAUUUGAGCGACUUGUUAUCCUUCUCGUGUUGGCUUUAGGCCUCAGCUGCUUCUUGGAUGAGUUUCUCUCUUUAAAUUCAUUGUUAUUCUUUUAUGGAAAACGCAGGCAGCCUUUGAGUAAUGUGAUUGUGCUUGUUGGUCCCCUUUUGGGUGGACGAUGGAUCCCCAAUGGUGGGUUUAUUGGUAGUAAGGUUAGGUUUACAGUAACUGAGGUUAUGUUAUGACCUGGUGUUUUGUAUUGAACUAUGCUUGAUAUAAAGAUCACAAAUGCUUAAUCAUAGAGGGUAAUCCAUCCAGUUGUCCUUUAACCAACCCAUCUGGUCCAUAAAAAAAAAAAAGCUAAUUGUGUAAAUUCAGCAACAUUACCGGCAGUAUUUGUGGUUUUGUGUCAACAAUGUAUCAUACCUUUAUCUCCAAUACUCCAACAAGUCUGAAAAAGAUGCAUGAGUAGGUGACUGUAAGAAAUCUGUCCAGACCUCCUUUUCACCUUCUUUCCUUUGUUUGACUUGUUGAAUAAUACUUAGACUGCAAGUUGUCUCAUUCUCAAUCACUACAUCCUUUCACUAGUAAUAGUUAAUACACAAUGAAUUUGAGUACAUGUAUACGGAUAUUGUCUGUAGGUGUCUCUUCACCUAUUAAAUUCAGUGUAAAUGCUACACAAAGAACUGUAGGAUAUCUUCCUAUUCUCUUCUGAUGCAGGAAAUGUACAGAUUAACUCAAUUAUUCAGUCAUAAGGUCUACUACAAGCCAUGCAAUAGGAAUGUUCUUCAUUCAGAUGCUAUUCAUCUGAAAUCAUCUGAAUCAGUAUCAAUCUCCCCCAAUAUCUUCCUUGCUGUGAACCAGUCAGAGUCAAGGCAGAGAAUAUGCUGUAAUACAAUCAGGAACAAUAAGAAAUACAAAAAGUGUGUGUGUGUGUGUUUUUGAUUUUAUUGUAAUUUUAGGGCUAUGAUUGUUUGUUGCAAUCAUCUGCAUAUGCUAUCAAUGAGCACAAAACCGAUGCACAAAAAAAGAGAUGAAUGCAAGGGUUAGAGGCAGAUAUGCAUUUUGUAGGCAGGGUUUCUUAUGCAGAGAAAUUAGUACUUUGGUCAACAGCCAAGUGGAAAGAGAAGAUGGGAGACUAGUGGUGCUGGAAACACUCCUGUCCACCUGUCAUCUCUGUCCCUUAGUGGCUACUGAAUCAGACUUGUCCUGAACCCUCAACAUGGUUGCUUGCGCUGAACCUAUACGCGAGCUUGGUCUGGGUAUAGCACAGUUCAGCUUACCUUUUCCCUUCAUUCUUUCACUAUGGAUCCCUCAUAAACUAAAUCUUCACUGUUGCCCCCCUUAGAUAAACUAAAGCUGGGGCUGGAUUUUGUUUCUCUCCAUCAUCGCUGAAUAUGUUUUUGUUUUUUUGUGAUCGAACGACAAUCGUGACAGGGUUUGUAGUAUGACAUUAACACCGCUGAGCCCAGACACCUUUGUCUGUUGUGACAGUAUACAUGUGAAGAUACUGUUUGGCUAUCUUUUUGAAACAGGAUGCAGAACACAUAAGUGGGGAGGCUUGGAUGGAACUAGAGCUAAUGCUUCACAAAACCCUAUACUGCCAGGCAUGUCUGCAAGGUUUUACAGAUCUUUUGGCAGCCAGUUCACUCUGUAAAUGGUUCAUACUGCCCAUUUGUUUUGAUCUUUUAGGCUAAAUGUUUUUAUUUGUUGCUUUUUCUCCAUCUUUCUCCAUCAUGUCUUACUUCUGCUACUUUUACCUGUACCUGGUUUUGGGUUAGAUUCCCAAAUGUUCCUUGUAUUUUAAACAACAGUUGUGUGUGGCUCAUUUUCUUGCCUGUGGAUACCCAUUGAGUGUUUAGGCUUUGUUUAUUGGCCAAAAUCAAAUCAGUCAGUCAUUUAAAGGGAUACUGCGAGAUUCUGACAAUUGUUUUUCUACUUACCCAGAGUCCGAUGAACUCAUGGAUACCAUGUUAUGUCUCAACUUCCUUUAUACUGCACGUAAAGAGGUAGUUCGCAAGCCUCUGUUAGUGCAAUGACUGGAAGUCUGUAGGUACACUAGCGUAUGGGUAAGCAGAAAAAUGGCUUUAUUGCCAGAAUCUCACAGUAUCCCCUUAAAACAGUCAGAAUGCUAAUUCAGUUAAAAUGCCAAGGUCACUUCAUUAGUGAACAAUAAAUACUUUAUGGAGAAGAGGUGAGGGUAGGGAUGGUGAAUUUACCAUUUGACUGCUAGAGAAGGUCAGCUUGGGUCCUGUAGACUAUUGAGACUGACCCAAGGAAUGGGUGUUUUAGGGGGAGAUGGUUUAAAUGUGGAUCUAAAAGUGGAAGGGAAGUCUUGACAGCCCGUGUUUGGCAGGGCAUGUUUGGUAUGUUGCAUUUCAUUACUGGUAAUGAGGGCACUUAUGAAAAACACUAGAGGACCGUCAAAGGGUAUGUAGUUGUUAACCCACCUCCCACAGUGCAAAGAGGAGAUGGGAAGAGCUCAUGGAUGUGAUGAGGGAGAGAGUAAGGGAAAGACAAUGACUGGAUCAUCAUGUUUAUGCAUCACCCUCUUUACUGAAUCUGUGUGUCUGUCCCAGUACAUUUUGUUUGAAAGGACAAUUAACACGUUUAAAUACCACUGGAGAUGUACCUGCCAGAGAGAUUACUAUGAUAUGAAAAAAAGAAAAUAAGCCUUGUUACAUUAUGGGAGAUCUGCCAACAAGUACUGCUGAUUGAGGCCUAUUUUAUUCAGUGCUGGUGUGUUGUGCUUCUUGUAAAUAAAUGUAUUUUCAAUCAUCCCUUUUUCCUCUUGGGGGCGGGGCAUCAAGGCAGGGGUGGGACUUACUCAUGAAAGAGAGGAGGGAAAAUAAUAGAGUAUUUUGUUAUUGUCCAAUCAGAGGGUGACAAAGUAUGUAUAUAUCUAUAUUGUAUAUAUGUGAUGAAAAUGCGUUGGCUUUUUGUGACACUACCUUUUACCUGUACUAUGGUUCUACAUUCAGUGUUUCAAUGUUGAUAAUAUGUUUGUUUUUCUGUUUUUGAUUUUGUCUUUGUCAUUUCUUGUAUUUGUUUUAUUUUUCUCUAUUUUUGGUUAUUGCACGGUUUAUUACUUUUGCUGUCCAAUGAGGUGACACAGCUACUCUUUGUAUUGGUUUAGUGCUGUAAAAUAACUCCAGUGUUAUUAGAAUUGUCUAUCCCACCCCCAUCCCCAAUAUGCAUGAAUGGCACUUAAAGAAAUAAAAUAUGUUAACUUCA